AUGGCGAGCAAUUCACCCUACAAUAAUGCUGCUGCUACUGCUGCGUACGGUCAGGCCUAUUCCAAUCACUAUGCCCAAGCAUACACCCAGCACGGGACUACGCCCCAAGGAUACGCUGUCUCUAGCACCUACACUGCAGCAUCUUCGUCCUCCAGUUCUCGCUCGAUGGAUAUGGGCGCUGCAUCUUGGUACCAGACGGGGAGCAGUCGAUGCACAUAUAAGAAUUGCGUAUUUACCGGCUCUCAGAAAAGUGUCGAGACGCACAUGAUGGACAGGCACCUCAUCUUCCCUCCUGGAUGGGACAAGCAGAAAAAAACUGACAAUUGGGAUGCGGACCCUAGUCUUAAAGGCAAGCCUAUGCCCAUACAGGGAACAACCCUUGUCCUUGAUUCCCCCGAAAUCCUGGAUGCAUGGCUUGCAGAGCGGAAGAAACGAUGGCCUAGCGACAAACGAGUACAAGAGAAGAAGAGGAAGCAGGAGGAAGCAGUAGCGCGAGGGCAGUUGUCCGUUGAGGAACUCGGCCUUUUUAGCAGGAAACGGCAGAGAACAGUGGAUAAUGAGCCUCGACCGCCUACCCGUGGACGGCAAAGGGUACGUGGACAUGUCAGAGGUGCUGCAGAUUCCGGCUGGCGUGGGCGAGGAGGUGCAGUCAAUGCUCACUCUACGCCAGUUCAACCCCGUGUAGAAACCGUUUCCAGCUCCUCGGAAAGUGAUAGUAGCGAUAACGGUGAGCCGGAGGUUUUAUCAUCAAAGGUGACCUUGAAUCCUGUGGUGGAUGAUCCCCCGACCCUGCCGCCGAAAAUCCUUGCACCAAUAAACAGGCCUCUACUAAGGAAACCACUGCAACAUCCCCCUCCCGCCCAGCCGACCCUUUUACGAAACCUGCUUCUUCCUGAGAUACGCAUGACUGUAUCCAAUCUUUCCCAAGCCAUCCGGUUUCUCGUUCGGAAUGAUUUCCUCCGAGAUGUUGAAUUGAAGCCUGGAGAGGCUGAUGAAAAAAUGAUCCAAGUCAUUGGUACCGAUGAACUGCAACCACGAGGGCAGCUAUGA